UCUCUCUCUCUCUCUCUCUCUCUACACCUUUUGGGCUUGUCUUGUUCAUCUUGAUCUGGGGUUCACUGUAUCGUUUUCUCUGGUUUUUCACACAUUUGGGUUCGUUUGGGGUCUGACCAAGGAAAGAGAGGAAGGAGAAGAAGAGGGAGGCCACAAUAACAACAACCAUAAUAAUUGAAGGGGGAAGAGAGAGAGAGAGAGAGAGAGAGAGAGAGAUUUCAUACAGUGUUCAAUUCAUGAAUAGGGUAUAGAAGGUGGUUUCAGGAGGAGGAAUAGGUGUGUUUGAAGGUGAACAAGAAGAGGGGAAACAAUUUUGCUGUUGUUUUUUAUUUUUAUUUUUUGGGUUUUUGGGGAAUUAUUUUUGGAUUAUAAUGGGUAGGGGAAGAGUGGAGCUGAAGAGGAUAGAGAACAAGAUAAACAGGCAAGUGACCUUCGCCAAGAGGAGGAAUGGGCUGCUCAAGAAGGCCUACGAGCUCUCCGUCCUCUGCGAUGCUGAGGUCGCUCUCAUCGUCUUCUCCAACCGUGGCAAGCUCUAUGAGUUCUGUAGCAACCCUAGCAUGCUCAAAACGCUUGACCGUUACCAAAAGUGCAGCUAUGGAUCGGUUGAAGUCAACAAACCCUCCAAAGAACUAGAGAACGCCUACCGGGAGUACUUGAAGCUGAAAGGGAGAUUCGAGGGCCUACAGCGGACUCAGAGAAACCUUAUGGGGGAGGACUUGGGGCCCUUGAACUCGAAGGAGCUCGAGCAGCUCGAGCGUCAACUCGAGGGAUCAUUGAAGCACAUUAGGUCGACUAAGACUCAGUGUAUGCUCGAUCAGCUUUGCGAUCUCCAGAACAAGGAACAAUCCUUGAUGGAAGCAAACAGAGCGUUGACCCUCAAGCUGGAUGAAGUUUGUGCGAGAAAUAAUCUUCGACCGCCGUGGGAGGGUGGCGAUCCAAGCAUGACCUAUGGUCAACCCCACCCACACCCUCAGGAAUUUUUCCAGCCUCUUGAAUGCAACCCCAUCCUACAAAUCGGGUAUGAUGCCGGGGGAUCUGAUCAAAUGAACGCCAGUGCAGCCACUCCAAAUGCUCCUCAACAAGCCAAUGGGUUCCUUCCUGGUUGGAUGCUCUAAGCCUCCUACGAUGACAAUAACUCCCCUUGUUCUUAUAUAUAUCCAUAAUAACAAGCUGAUUAGCCUCUAGCAAUGUAACUAGGCAAGUUCAACAUAAAGCAGCUAAAGAACUUGUUUAACUUCAGACACCAGGUGGUGUGCUGUGGACCUUAAAUCCCCAAUGUCUUGUAUUCUGAUUCCGAAUUAUAGCGUAGCGGGUCUUAAAUCCCCAAGAACUAUGAUGCAAUGGUUUCAAAUGAAUAAGCCAGAGAUUCUAUGUCUUUGCUAUGCC